ACACCCUCAGUCUAGUCCGAGGCACUCGAGUUUGGGUUCUCUCCGAGCGGUUCUCCUCCGUCUAGUCCGAGGCACUCGAGUUUGGGUUCUCUCUGAGCGGUUUGUCUUUGGAUGUGGCCAAUAUCCGAAGAAAGGAGCGAAGUGAACAAGCCGCAACACUCAAAGGCAUUUUGAACUGUUUGCUUUGCCAUCAGCAACAUAUUUUCGUCGACCGUUCCCCGUCAGCCUAACGUUAGCAUGAUGUCUUAUCUGAAGCAGCCGCCGUACACGGUCAACGGGCUGAGCUUAUCUACCUCCGGGAUGGACCUGCUACACCCUUCCGUGGGCUACCCAGCGACUCCGAGGAAGCAGAGGCGCGAGAGGACUACUUUCACGCGCGCCCAACUGGAUAUUCUAGAGAACCUGUUCGGCAAGACUCGCUACCCCGACAUCUUCAUGCGAGAGGAGGUGGCUCUGAAAAUAAACUUACCAGAGUCUCGUGUACAGGUGUGGUUUAAAAACCGAAGGGCCAAGUGUCGCCAACAACAGCAACAAACUCAGAGCGGCGCCCAGAGCAAAGUUCGGCCCGUGAAGAAGAAGAGUUCUCCGGUGAGGGAGGUGAGCUCUGAAAGCGGGGCCAGUGGCCAGUUCACGCCGCCUUCAAGCACUUCCGUGCCGGCCAUCUCCAGCAGCACAGCCCCGGCGUCCAUUUGGAGCCCAGCGUCCAUCUCUCCGCUGUCCGACCCGCUCUCUACCUCCUCGUCUGCCUCCUGCAUGCAGCGAUCUUACCCCAUCACUUACACCCAGGCGUCCGGCUACAGCCAGAGCUAUACCGGCUCCACGUCCUACUUCGGAGGGAUGGACUGUGGUUCGUACUUGUCGCCUAUGCAUCACCAGUUGACCGGUCCGAGCACAGGCUUGAGUCCCAUGGGCACGAAUGCAGUCGGCAAUCACCUGAGUCCCCCCGCCUCUCUCUCCGCUCAGAGCUACGGAGCCACAGGCCUGGGCUUCAGCGCCCCGACGGACUGCCUGGAUUACAAGGACCAAAGCGCAUCGUGGAAGCUCAACUUCAACGCAGACUGUUUGGAUUACAAAGAUCAGACAUCUUCGUGGAAGUUCCAGGUGUUGUGAAUGGCGUCGUGGAACACCGUCUGUUCGGGAAUUACACGCAGUCAUUUUAGAGACACACGAGGCCGUUAGCGAGGCCUGGAACGGUUUGGCCACGGGACUCACUGGCUCGUUCCUCCGAUAUAUGUUGUGCCUGCAUUUGCAAUUAAGAGAGAACUGUUCCCGAUGCAGAGGUCAUAACAUCACCUUGGUGGACUCUGGAAGUAGCUGCCUUGGCGCAAGUGUCUAUGGGUAUGUUGCACCUGUUUGGUUAACUUCUGGCAAACUUGGUGUGAACUCUCUUUAACUUUGAUCAAAGACACGGAACAAAAUUGUUCUCCAAGAAGAAAAUGAUCAAGAACAGCCGAACCUUGGUUAAGCGCGCUGAAUGGGACAGCUUUCCUUAAGCCUCUUACGACUCGCCGACCUUCCUCUGGGUUGGCAAGCUGAAGGACCCCUUUGAUCAGGCCGAGUGUGUGUGUGUGUGUGUGUGUGUGUGUGUGUGUGUGUGUGUGUGAGUGUGAGAGAGAGUAUCUAUCUGUGUGUGUCUGUUUGAGAGAGAGAGAGCGAGAAAGAGGGGGAGAGAGUGGUGCCCGUCAUCGAGGCGAGUCGUUUGAAAAAAUGCACUAAUCUAUUUAAGACAAAAUGCUUAUAAGGAGUUUUAAAGAGACAAUCAGUGAGUAUGCGAAAAUACACUGAUUCACGUUAAGUAUGUGUUUUUUUUAUCUGUAGUAGCUUUUCAAACUGUGAUGCGUUGUAGGCAACCAUGCAAUUACACCAGUUUCGCGUCCGCGACGACUUUACUGUGACUUUGAUAGUUUUUUUAUGUUCAAGUAUUAAUGAUAAAUUAUUAUUACAUUUGUAAAAAAAAAACAGAUAAUACUUUUUUAAAUGUAUCAUGAUGGUGGCCAUACUAUGAACCCCUCUCGUGCAGUCCCCGCAUCCCCUUGUUAAACAUGUGUACUAUAC